AUGGCUGGGCUAAUACCACCUUUGCAGUUUUUGCGCGAAUACAAACUGGUGGUCGUAGGAGGCGGAGGUGUGGGAAAAUCAUGUUUGACCAUUCAACUCAUACAAAGUCAUUUUGUGGAUGAAUACGAUCCUACAAUUGAAGAUUCCUACCGCAAGCAAUGCAUGAUUGACGAUGAGGUCGCCCUUCUCGAUGUCCUAGAUACCGCCGGGCAAGAAGAAUACUCGGCAAUGCGAGAACAAUACAUGAGAACAGGGGAGGGGUUCUUACUUGUCUACUCCAUUACUUCCCGACAGUCGUUUGAAGAAAUCAUGACUUUCCAACAACAAAUUCUACGGGUCAAAGAUAAAGACUACUUCCCCAUGAUCUUGGUGGGCAACAAAUGCGAUUUGGAAUCCGAGAGGGCGGUGUCUAGGGAAGAGGGAGCAGCGCUAGCUCGACAGUUUGGAUGCAAAUUCAUUGAGACGUCGGCCAAAUCCCGGAUACACGUUGACGACGCAUUUUACGACCUCGUUCGAGAAAUUCGACGAUACAAUCGGGAGAUGGCAGGUUACUCGGCUGGUGCACCUCCACUCGGCUCACAUGGACCGGGACAGAAAUUGGAGAUGGACCAUCAAUCACAAAGCGCAGGAUGUUGCAGUAGGUGUGUGGUCAUGUGA